GGGAUGAGUAAGUCAAGUACGGUUAUGGUUCUAUUUUCCAUAGUUUUUUAGUGAGUCUAAAAUAAUAUUUUAGCACUAUAUAGAUAUACUAUUUAAAAAAAUUCAGAAUGUUUUCGAAAAAAGAAAAACCAAAGAGGAAUCACGCCGGCAAAUCAUUGUCUCAGUAUGGUUUAUUUGAAGUACCCUCAGACUUUGAUACAGGACUAGGAAAUGAGGAUGAUGAUGAUGAUGAUGAAGACUUGGAGGCCGAACUGGCCGCCUUGGCUGGAGGAGGUGGAGCAUCACAACCAAAGAGGCCUCCGAGAAAAAUAAUUCCUCAGAGGGAGUUAGAUUCAAUGGUUUCAGAAUCAAUGAAGGAUGUAGAUGAUGAUGAUGUGUCUAUUGAUGAAAAUGAUCCUGAGUUGCUUAGUGAAUUGAAUGAUAUUGUUGGUGAAGAUCAGCCAGAUGAAGACUCAUCCCCUUCUACAGAGGCUCCAUCAGCUGCCAGUAGUUCUGAUAUUGUAAAUACAUUAGUAGAAAGGCUCAAAAACUAUGAAAUAUGUGAAGUGAAAGCAAAAGAAUCUGGAGAAUCAACAAAAGCUAGAAGAUAUGGCAGAGCUAUUAAGACAUUAAAAGACCUUAUCAAGAGGGCAAAGUCAGGUUCACCCAUAGAUUUAAAUGACGAUAGUAUCCCUCCUGAUAUACAUCCUAGUACUGCAGCUCCAGCACGAUCUGCUCCAGCAAGACCUGCUCCUGAAGUACCACAAAUGCCUACACCUCCCGAAUUACUCUCUCCUACAACCACAGAUUCACCGCAAGAGCCUCCUACAGAAGACUUGGUUAAUAUUCAACCGGAAGUACCUGCUUAUGACCAAGAAAAGUUGAACAUUAUUCUACAAGGUCAAAAGCAAUACAAGGUAGCUGCAUUGAAGGCCAAACAUGAAGGAAAUGCACAGAAAGCUGUUUUAUUUUUAAAAGUUUCCAAACAAUUUGAUAUUGUAAUAGCUGCUCUUAAAAGUGGCCAGCCUGUAGACUUGAGUGAUAUGCCAGGUCCACCAGAGACAUUCAGUCUCCCAGAACCUCCUGUUCAAGAAAGCGAAGUUCAACAGGAUAGUCCAGCAGCUGCCGAAGAGGAACCUGCCGCAGCUCCUCCUGCUUUAAUAACUGCCACAUCUAUUAUGGAAGCUCUGCAACAAAGACUGAGCCUUUAUAAGGAACAGGAAGCGAAGGCAAAGGAAGAAAAUAAUUCCAGUAAAGCCAGGAGAUAUGGAAGGAUUAUCAAGCAGUUUGAACAGGCUAUCAAAGCUAAUAAAGCAGGCAAAUCAUUUGCAUAUGAAGAACUGCCGACUCCUCCAGGUUACGGACCGAUUCCUGGGAUCAAACCUCCGUCUGCUGAAUCUGUUGAUCCUACUCCAGCACCACAACCUAGACGGCCAGCUCCACAACCAAGCAGUAGUGGAGAAAGCAAGCCUAGUCUACCUAGUCCCGAAAGUAAACCAACAAGAACAAUACCUAAGCAAACUCAAGCAGAGAAGCAAAUGGUGAUACUCAUAGCUAAACAAAAACAGUUCAAACUGGCGGCAUUGGAAGCUAAAAAGAGGGGAGAAAUGGCACAAGCCAAGGAGUUUUUACGUCAGGCCAAAGGGUUUGAUAAGCUGAUAGAAGCUUCUAUAGCAGGUCUACCGGUGGAUUGGUCUUCUAUUCCCGUUUCUCCAGAAGCAAAGUCGCAGUUGGACAAUGAAUACGAUAUAGCCAUGUCAACCGAGAGUGACGAUUCUGCUGGAAUUGAUGGCGACCUAUUCGCCAGACUGGAAACACAGUUACAAAAACAAUUAAAAAUGUGCCUUACUACUAGAGAUCACAACAAAGCUAUUGGUGAUGUUCCCGGAAUGAAUAGGUUCGAAAGGUUUGCUUUAAACGUCACCAAAGACAUGGACGUAGUUCGCGCGGCUCGCAAAGAGGGACGGAUUCCUAAAUUCCAUUACGAAACGAAAGAAUUCGCUAUCGUCAAGUGCUGUCCCGAAAUCGAAGACAACACCAUGGAGGUGACCGUUCACAGAGGGCUCAAUAUCACCACCGACAAAGACAUAGAUACUUAUGUGAAAAUGGAGUUUCCUUUUCCGCAGGAAACUCCAUAUAGUGAUAGAACUUCAACUAUGAAGAACACAAACAACCCGGACUAUCAAAAAACUUUUGUUGUACCAAUACAAAGGAACUCCAGAGUAUGCCAAAGGACUUUCAAAAGGCACAGUUUGAAGUUUGAAUUGUUUUCUAAAGGAUGCGCCUGCUGUGGCUCUCCAGUUAGCUGUCCCGGUUGCUGUUCGUUUUUAGGAGGAUUACCAUGUUUUUUCGGCUUCUUCAGGAGCGAUGCCCUCGUUGGAACGGUAAAUCUGAAACUACAACCUCUCGAAACGCAGUGUGAGAUCCACGACACCUUUGAUCUAUUGGAAGGUCGAAAGAAAGUGGGAGGCAAGCUGGAGAUUCAAGUGAAGUUGAGAACACCAAUUCAAACUCAACAAGUGGAGCAGAUUCAAGAGAGGUGGUUGGUGGUCGACCAGUAAUCGCUUAUUGUUGAUAUUUAGAGUUGCUAUGAAAUUAUUUAUCCUAUUAUAUAAUGUAUAGCUUUAACUUUUAUAUGUGGUGUACACACGAUCAAAGAAUUCGAUAGUAUGAUUGCACAAAUGAAUUGCAUUAAGUUAAAGGAGAAAUUAGUAACAACCUUAUAUUUGUCAACUACUUUAGAAAGUCACGAAUUUUUCAAAAGCAUGAAACUACAUUUAAAACAAAUCCUGAAAUUGUUCAACUUUAUCUCAAACAAAUGUCUUCUUUUCUAUCUGCUCCCCAGUAUUCACACAUUAUUCCUACUGUAUUUAUUUAGCACGUUUCAAUCAAUUUAUAUUUGUUAGAACACAUUUUUAGCUUGUUUUUGAUAAUAACAUUGUCUCUAGUGCGAAAUUAGCUUAAACAGUUGUAUUUUUAAGUUUUCGGUAAAUUUUUUAUAGUUCUUUCCUGUGUUUGCCCUAGGCCUUAUAAUUUGCUGUAUAUUAAUUAUACACAAAAUUUCAAUAAAAUCACACUGACUGAGUCCAUUUUUAUCUUGUUUUUAUAUGAUAACACCGUCUCAAGUGACAAGUGCGGACCAUUUUUAACAGCCCACAAAAUCCUUUUUGGAGCUGGUAUUUAAAUUCAGAAAAAGCACAAAAAUCAAUUCUUUGAUGUGUUAUGUUCAUGCAUUUUAAAAUGUAAUGUUUAUGCUAAAAUGAUUUUACUAUAUUGAGAUUUAAAAUCAAAAUAUUUUAAGCCA